CUCAAGAGGUGAAGAGGGGCGUGCCCUCUGGGCCGGCAAUGCCUGGGCCGAUGCGCGCCCUUCGAGCUUUGCGGCUUAGCUGCAAGAUGAAUGGCGCAAGGCCAAGGUAGUCCUGAGCUCCUGCCCUUCCGCCCGAACCAUGCGACGCCAGUUUCAUCGUCUGAGCUGAGAGACCUUUUCAGCUGGACUGACCGGCUUCCAGGAGAGGAGUGGGAGAAGUCAGUGUCUGGACAGCUGACCAUACACCGAUUCUCAGAGCCGAGCCGCACCAAUCCAGAUCGCGUGAUGGAACGCGGCCGGUGCGAGGCUACCCUGUCUGCACCGCUUGAGACCGUGUUCGCCCUGGUGGACGACCCCAAGGAGCGUGCCAAGUGGGAUGAGAUUGCCGGCGCCACCCUGAAAAAGUAUCGCUCACGCAGCCACGAUUUUGUCUCCUUCACCUUCGAGGGCCUCAUGGGUUUGGCGAGUCAAGAUUUCUUGUUUUGGGAUGCGCAGCAGUCGUACGACAAACAUGGCGUCGAAUGCGUGCCGGGCGCGCCGGCCUGGAGCUGCAUCGUGCUUUGGCAGCCAGCAGCCGUCUCCUGGGAAGGCUUGCCCGCGCAUGAAGGUUGCAGCAAAUCGGUUGCCUUUGCCAUGAGCAUGGCCCGGGACGAGUUGCAGCCCGAGCGGAAGACCAAAGUUGUGGCGAUGGCCCGGGCCCGGUUCCAGACCGGAAUGGUCCAGUACUUUCUGCCCUCCAUUAUUCAAAGUGUGCUAUCAUCACAGGCGGAGAAGCUUUCGGCUGCGAUCAAUGAGAUCAAUGCGAAUGCAUCCCAACGCAAGCUGGUGCAGGACAAGGGCAUCAGAGGUCUUCAGCGGAAGAUCCCUGCCAAGCCAAACAAGCCUGCACAGGUAGGCAGCGCACCAAACAAAAAUGUGGCUCCCGACGCAUUUCUUUUAGAGGGAGAUGUCCCACAAGCUCCGGAAAAGAAACUUGGCCAAGGGGUUCUUGCCUCGGCACCAAAGCGUUCGAGCCAGCGUGUGAGCAGCGCACUGCAACCUGAAUUGGCAACAGUUGGCAAGACCGGGUCAGCUUGGAGCGCACAAGGAGGCGUGGCAGCAGCACUAGCUGCAAAAGAGUCAAAAGAGCAUCAAAAUCCGUCACCCGAGAUGCAUGAAAGUAGACGUCGAGGGCAGAAAGGCGAAACACAAGGGCCAGGGCGCAAUCGAACACCAGAGAAGCUACAAGUGGAUCAGCAAGUCGAACUGCAAGCGGAGCAGCAAACUGAGCAGCAAACAGAGCCGCGAGGGGAGCAACAAGCGGAAUGGAAGGCGGAGCAGCAAGCCAAGCCACACGGGCAGCAAGAAAUUGACGGGGAAAAGCAGGACCAGGAGAAGCUACACAUCUCCAAGCAGAUAAAGCAGGCAGAGCGUUUGGAAGAGGCAGCAUCUUUCCCACUGAGCUUGGGCAGUGUCGAAAAAAGCAAGGACGAGACGUCGAUUUUUUUGCCGGCAAUGAUGGACACGAUGAGAGACGGGAGCACAGGCAAAAGCAUGUCACUUGGACCGCGUGAGCCGCGCGAACGACGAAGGCUUGAGCUUGCCAGCGGCCUGCACGAUGAAGCCGCCGAGAUGAAGCUGAAUGUUGGGAUUGGACUUGGGGAGAGGUUGCAGCUGAACCAUGCGACAGGUCGGGCCCAGUACCCGGACCCAGAGCCAGAGUCGCCAUUGAGACUGCGCUUGGCUGCGUUGCAGUCGACAUGGCUGAGGGACGCCAAGGAUGAUAAGCGCAAUGAGAAGAGCUUUGCAAGCCUCCAGGCUGAGGUGAAGUCUCAGGAAGCGAUUCGGGAUCUCCGCGGCACGGAUGGCUGGUUGCUGCACUUACUGCGGGAAGCCAGCUCCGCGGACUAUCUGGCGCCUCCUUGGCUGACGUCUGGCGAGAAUGAAGCAGAUGAGUUGCUGAUAGGCGCUCCGUGAGAAAAUGGAGUGGGGCUCCAUGCGGUUUGAGCUGCCGGGUGUUGUCAAGGAGUUGCCUUCAGGCCCAGCUGCCGCAAAAGCGUUGC